ACUUUUUAGACAGACUGUAAGUAUUUCCCGUUAAAUAAAAGAUGUCCAGAGAAGGAUUCAGAGGACAGUUUCUUUACAACCUACCCGCCUCAGAUCUGGUGGACUUCUGCCAGGUGAUGGACGGACUGUCAGACCAGGACUGGACCCGUUUCGCCUCAGAAGUCCUCACAGAUCAGACGACCCUGCGAUUGGCCGAGAGGAAGGACAGGCGGACCGACUGGGUGAUGCACCAAUGGGGGAUGAGGAACGGUCGUGUCGGGGAGCUGCUCGACCUGUUGGAGUGUCUCCAGCUGCUCCGACCCCGAGACAUCAUCCUGGGCUGCGUGUCCAGGAUGAAGUAUACCCUUCCUCCUCCUCCUCCUCCUCCUCUUCGUGCUCCCUCUCCUCCUCUUCCUCCUGCUCCUGUUCGCCCGUCUCCUUCUUACUCUCCUUCUCAGUUCGACCCUCCUCCCAAAGCAUCUGAGGCCCCGACUAUCUGCGAAGGCUGCUGGACAGAUGAUGGAGGCGGAGGAGGAGGAGGAGGAGGAGGAGGAGGAAGAGGAGAACUACUACCACCACUACAACUACCCAGACCUGCCCCGCCCCCCUCCAGUCUGCAUACUCGUCCCCAGAUAAGAAAACCUCCCCCAGCGGAUACGGCAGCGGCGGCAGCGUGCAGCGGCCUGGCGAUGUGCUGGGUGUACGAAGAGGUGUUCGCUGGGACGGAGGGGUUCUCUCCCGCCCGCCUGGUGGGGGAGGGGGGGUUCGGAUGCGUGUACAAAGCGACCCUGAAGAACACAGAGUGCGCCGUCAAGAGACUCAAACAGGACGGCCCGUUGGACUUGAGUCUGCUGAAGGAGAGUUUCCAGACUGAACUGGAGAAACUCUCAAAGUUCAGACAUCCGAACAUCGUAGAACUUCUGGGUUACAGUGAAGGAGGAGGAUCAGUGUGUCUGAUCUACAACUACAUGGACAACAAAUCACUGGAGCACCAACUACAAAAUAAGUAUGGCACCCUCUCCUGGUUUCAGAGGGUCAGUAUUGUUCAUGGAGUAUCAAGAGCUCUGCAGUUCCUCCACUCGCCUCCCGACGCUCACAAACCUCUCAUCCACGGAGACGUCAAGAGUUCGAACAUCUUGCUGGACAGCCACAUGGAGGCAAAGCUGGCGGACUUCGGCCUGGCUCGGUUCGUGUCUCGCCGCCCGUCGGGACGCACAGGGUCGCACACGAUGACGUUCGGCAAGACGGAAACGGUGAGGGGAACUGUGGCGUACCUGCCGGAUGAAUACACGAGGCGCGGAGAGCUGGGGACCGCCGUGGACGUCUACAGCUUCGGAGUGGUGCUGUUGGAGGUCCUGACCGGUCGUCGAGCUCUGGAGAUAGACCCAAAGCUAAGAGAGGUUUACCUGAAGUGUCUGGUGGACGAGGUUCAGGAGAGUCCGAACGGUUCGUCUCCAGCAGAGUGGAGGAAACAGCUGGACCGCCGGCUGAUGGCAGCAGAGAGCGACGUAGAGCCCGUUGGCAGCAUGGAGAUGGUUGCUCUGGCCUGCUGGUGUCUGAACUACAGGAAGAAGAGUCGACCGUCAAUGAAUGAGGUGUAUGAAAAACUUCGGGACAUCCACAACAUGGUGAAGAAGACCAACUCUUGCCCGUUACCGCGGCCCCGCCCUCACCAUGACCUCGACUCCCAGUCCUACUCCAGACAGCCGCGCUCCCUGGACUCCUGUGUGGGAGCUCUGUCCCAGCAGAUGUCCAGACUGGGACCACUGGAAGAUUCCUCCCAGCAUCCCAAAACCUUCUCCGGCAGCCUCACCCCUCCUCACCCGCUCCACUCCUCCUCCUCUCUGCCUCUCACCACUUCCUGCUCCAUCGUUGGCCCGUGUGAAACCGAUGAGAGUCGAGGUUUCUCCCAGUACAUGCGCUCCGAGUACUCCCAGUUUAGAUCCAAUGGCACCAGCUGCACCAGAGACCAGUAUCAAAUUCCUUCUGGGCCCUCGGUGUCCCGGCUCAGUCACCCUUCUGUUCCCACUGAGGACCAGUACAACUUCCCCUCCCAGAUCAGCAGCAUCAGUGACAGGACGGGAGCCGGGGCCGCUACAGGGGCCGCCGGCCGUCCUCCGCAGGGCAUCGCAGCAGACAGAGGACAGACCACAGCGGGGCUCUACGGGGCCGAGUUCCUCUCUCCUGCCGGGUCUCUGCAGUCAACGUCCCCGAGGCCCUCAGAAAUCGUUGUGAAUCCCACGAAGCAGCGAUUCCUGGAGAAGAAAAUGCUUUAUGAGGAGGGAAGGAUUCAGACUCCUGAGCUGCUGUCCUCCGACGAUCUCUACGGAGACGGGAGCUCAGAGGAUUUCAGAGGACCGGAAGAGAGCGACGAGCUGGAUUACCUUCCUUCUAGACACCACUGACGGACUGGUUUCUACCGACUGGUUUGACUGUACGACAUGAACCAGUCUGCACGGAUCUGAGUCGUACGAGGGAAACUUUCCAACAGGACCAACAAUGACCAAGCUGUUAACUCUUUACCACUUUUCAUCACCAUAUUUGCAGAGUAGUCUCCCGGAUGUCGACAUACUGCGGACGCUGCAGCCACACACUGUGUCAUAGAUUUCAGCCAGUUUGUUGAAUGUUUUCUGCUUUGAUGUUCACUUCUUCUUAAAAACUCCUCGCCGCACUGAUGAACGAACCACGAGAGAAGAACCACAG